AUGGGUGAAAACGAUGAAGUAUUUGAUCUGGAAAUUCGCCAGUCCUGUAAACAAAAAGUUGAAGCUAUAAGACGUAUAGCAGAUCACCUCGAGCAAGAACUUGCUGCAAAUAAUUUCAACCACAUUAUCUGUAUAACCAAUAAUAUGGAUAGGCUGUUCACAAUGUUGAAUGAUAUUGAGACAGCGCAAAAUAGAAGAAGGU